AUGCUUGAUGUCAUGGUAAAGGUUAUCACGUCCAGCGAAGCAAGGUAUACAAACAGAAGGGACAUCCGCGGAAGCACUGUCAAUCCCCUGAUUCGAUUUCAAAGCGUUAAAGUUAGUUCGGCCAACUCGAGCAACUUCACGAAUGUGGAUCACGCGACGCUUAAACGAGAUUGUUGCUGCAACAUUUGGAUAUUCCGGGCGAGAGGACUCAAAUGGUUAGAGCGCGAGUUUACCGACCGUAAGGUCCGUGGUUCGAACCCAAUCUUUGCCUCUCGACUUCCCUUGUCUAGGCUUGGGCAACCUGGCAGUAUCCCAGCCCUCGUGCCUCCUUCCGGUGGCACGGCAGCUAGAAACUGA